AUGGCUGUGGUUAUGCUUGAUGAAGAAAACCAGAGCAAUCGUGGUUCACAUGAAGGUCGUGCCCCAAAUGUGACAGACAUAGGCAUUCUUGGGGUAAGAAUCUUAUGGAAGGGACUACCUACGCCGACCCACGCCCAGGGACCUGCAACGACUUCUGCAGAAAGCCGAACGGAGAGGAUUUCCAUGAAUGAUUGGUAG